GGGAAUAUUGAUAUUCAGUUCAAAACUCUUUUCUUAGUUUAUCUUCAUGGUAUCAGAGCUAAUCUAAAACCUUCACAGGUGCUGUCAUGGCUGAGGCUCUCGAUCCUUACCCCUUUCCUUCAAGUCUUUAUGUUUCUAGUUCUGUUACUCUAAAGCUCAAUGAUAGCAACUAUCUUCUUUGGAAAACCCAGUUUGAGUCUCUUCUCCGGAGCCAAAAACUUCUUGGGUUUGUCACUGGUCAAAUCGGUCCACCGGAGGCUACUGUUACAGUCACGGUCAAUGGUGCAGUCGUCACAACUCCGAAUCCAGACUUUGAAGCAUGGACUUGUACUGAUCAACUCAUAAAGUCGUGGAUUUUUGGCACUCUUACAGAAGAAGUGCUUGGUUAUGUUCAUGGUUUAGCCACAUCUCAAGAAGUGUGGUUGUCUCUUGCCGAUAACUUCAACCAAAGCUUCAUUGCUAGAGAAUUUGAUCUCCGUCGUAGGCUUCAGUUGUUGACUAACCGAGGUAAAGAUUUUCUGGUUUACUGUCAAAAGUUUCGCGCUAUCUGUGAUCAACUGAGUUCCAUUGGAAAGCCAGUCGAAGAAUCCAUGAAAAUCUUUACUUUUCUCAAUGGUCUGGGUCGGGAAUACGAUCCAAUCACUCAUGUUGGAUCCACUGUGCUCACCACAGCUGCAUGUAGUAUUCCUCUAUGCGAUAUACAAGCAUUUAGCUCAUCAACACAAGACUGUUCUGCUUCAAGCCUGGCAAUCCGCUGAAACUCAGGCUCCAGUUCUUCAACGGUUGCCAACUCUUCCAUCCCAGGUUGUUCAUUAUCCUCAAGAUCUCUUGAUCGUAACAAAUUCCCCUGGUUCUA